CAGAAGUAGAUAAGAUGGCAUCAGCCGGCAUUAAAAUCCUGCCAUGUGAGUUCAUCGAUAUGGAAGUACGUGUAGAUAUUUACAACGAAGCAUUUGCCGAUGAUCCAGCAUUAUAUUGUAUGCGUCCCCGAGCAGAUCCAAUUGUGGUGAAGAAGAACACUUUGGAGAAUUUUCAGAAGGGUUACGAGGGCCCUGGGAUGAAAUAUUUCAAGGCAAUUGAUGGGGAUACUGGGUAUGUAAGAUAUCUCCAAGUCUUGUCACUUUGCAAAGAACCAAGAAGAGAUAGACAUGAAGCGCUAUAUUGACAGCACCGCCAUACAGUGAAAUCGUUGGUUACAGCAGUUGGCAAUAUCCACACACUCCAGACCCAAAUGAGCCAGAUCCCGAAACUGCAAUCCGCAACGCAACUCAACCUCCAGGAUCGAACGAUGAAUUGAUCGUUGAGUUCCUGGUCAAAUUUCUACAUGCAAGACAGAAGUGGCAUGUACCUCAUUUACACUACUGUUCGUGUUUCCAUCCCCAACCUCUCCCUAAAAACUAAAUUCAUGUCUGUGUGAGCUUGCUGACAAACAACUGAAGACCUCAGACUCCUCGUUGCUCAUCCGGGAUAUCAAAGAAGAGGAAUUGGGACUAUGUUACUAGAACCGGUUUUGGAAAUCAUUGAUGAGGCCAAAGCGAAGACGUUCAUUACAGCUAGUCCAGUGGAUGUGGGUCUGUAUCUGAAGUAUGGUUGGGUGGAGGUAGAUGAGAUUAUUAUUGAUUAUAGUCGCUAUGGUGAUGAGAAAGACGUGAAAACUGCAGUCUUAAUGAGACACCCGAAAGGACUUCGUAUGAGCAAGAAUGGGACUGCAAAGCGGCAAACUUAGCAAU